GGUUACCAGAUGUGCCAACAGAAUUUAGGCAGCUGCUAGCAGAGGUUACCCUGAGUGUUUUAACAGAGAGCAUUUACAAGCUAAUAGCUCAGACAGAAGAAAUGAUCGUGUUAAUUUUCUUUUUUGUCUUGCUGUGGAACGAGGCUCAAAGUUGGGGAGUCAAGAAUGGAGUACUGCAUAACUCUAUUUGGUUAGAGCGAGCAGCUGGAGUGUACCACAGGGAGGCACGGGCUGGAAAAUAUCAGCUCACCUAUGCAGAAGCUAAAGCAGUGUGUGAAUAUGAAGGAGGACAACUAGCCACAUACCAGCAGCUGGAGGCAGCAAGAAAAAUAGGUUUCCAUGUGUGUGCUGCUGGUUGGAUGGCUAAGGGCAGAGUUGGUUAUCCCAUAGUGAAAGCUGGAGCCAGCUGUGGCUUUGGAAAAACUGGCAUUGUUGAUUAUGGGAUUCGCCUCAACAGAAGUGAGAGAUGGGAUGUCUAUUGCUACAACCUUCAUGCAAAAGAAUGUGGUGGAAUCUUCACAGAUGCAAAGCACAUCUUUAAGUCACCAGGCUACCCAAAUGAGUAUGAAAAUAAACUAAUAUGCUACUGGCACAUUAGACUAAAGUACGGACAACGGAUUCAUCUACAGUUCCUGGAUUUUGAUGUUGAAGAUGACACUGCUUGCAUGGCUGAUUUCUUAGAAGUCUAUGAUAGCUAUGAUGAUAUCACUGGCUUUGUGGGCAGGUACUGUGGAGAUGAACUUCCAGAUGAUAUCAUCAGCACAGGAAAUCUCAUGACCUUAAAGUUCUUGUCAGAUGCCUCAGUGACCGCAGGUGGUUUUCAAAUUAAAUAUGUUGCUGUAGACCCACCUUCAAAACCUAAUGAUGAGAAAAAUGCAACUUCCCAAGGAAACACAAACUUCUUGUCUGGAAAAUUUGGCAUUAUGUGAACAGACAGAUCAACAUCACAGAAAAUGCAGUUGGAAUAUAGAGUUAUUAAAUACAAAUACCACUUGAGAUACCUGUUUUGUCCAAUAAGUUACAGCUAUCAUACUAUAUUUGGGAUAGCCAGCAGCCACAGUCGCUUUUUAUCUUAUCCUUCUGACUUUUAUAACUUCUGCUUUAUGUAACUUUUCUUAAUAAAGAAUAUUGGGAAAUAAAUUAGAAAACUGUACUUAAAUUAUAGACAAUUGUUUUCUAGAUUACAAGGAGUCAGUGAAACUAAGAACAUAAGAACGGACAUACUGGGUGAGACCAAUGGUCCAUCUAGUACAAAAUCCUGUGUUUCGACAGUGUCCAAUGCCAGGUGCUUCAGAGGUAAUGAACAGAACAGGUAAUCAUCA